UUCUUCUUCUGUGAAUCAUCUCACCCAUUUCGUCCUCCCCAAACAAACAUUGUUGAAGAAAUGAUAUCUCUACAACACUUGACAAACCCUAAUCCUUACUCUUCCCUCUUCUACUUCAACCCGCCCAUUCCCCUUGCAUCCAAAACCCUAAAACCCUACACCAAACCCUAUUCGCCCCCCACCACUGUCAAGGCAAUCCUUCAGUACAACCGCAAGCCUCAGCUCGCCGGAGAAACCCCCAGGGCGGUCGUCAUUACCUCCGGCAAAGGCGGAGUCGGCAAGACCACCACCACCGCCAACAUUGGCCUCUCCCUCGCCCGCCUCGGCUUCUCUGUCGUCGCCAUUGAUGCCGACGUCGGCCUCCGCAACCUCGACCUCCUGCUCGGCCUCGAGAACCGGGUCAAUUACACCGUCGUCGAGGUUCUCAACGGCGACUGCCGCCUCGAUCAGGCUCUCGUUCGAGAUAAGCGGUGGUCCAAUUUCGAGCUGCUCUGUAUCUCCAAGCCCCGAUCCAAAUUGCCGAUUGGAUUCGGCGGAAAAGCGCUGAUUUGGCUCGUGGAAGCCCUCAAGGCCCGCGAUACAGGAGUUCCGGAUUUCAUCCUCAUCGAUUGCCCUGCCGGCAUUGAUGCUGGAUUCAUCACUGCAAUCACGCCGGCUAAUGAGGCGGUCCUCGUAACAACGCCUGACAUUACGAGCCUCCGAGAUGCAGAUAGGGUAACGGGGCUGCUGGAAUGCGAUGGAAUUAGGGAUAUUAAGAUGAUUGUGAACAGAGUCCGAACAGAUAUGAUCAAGGGAGAGGACAUGAUGUCAGUGCUUGAUGUGCAGGAAAUGCUAGGGUUACCAUUGUUGGGGGUGAUUCCUGAGGAUACAGAGGUCAUUAGAAGUACCAACAGAGGAUAUCCAUUGGUGCUGAACAAGCCGCCCGCCUUGGCUGGGCUGGCAUUCGAGCAAGCUGCCUGGAGGUUGGUCGAGCAGGAUAGUAUGGAAGCUGUAAUGGUGGAAGAGCAGCCGAAGAAACGAGGAUUCUUCUCGUUUUUUGGAGGGUAGAAACUAGAAAGUGGAUUCAUUUUGGCCAAUGGUGAUGAUACAAAUUAGGGCUUAUGAAGUUCUUUGCAGCUGCUUGGUGGGGGGGAAGGAAAGAAGCUGUGUACAGUAGGAGAGUUGAGGUUUGCCAUUUUUCCCAUUUUCAUUGUUUCACGUUUGAUGGAUGGUAGAUAAGGAUUAUAAAUUGUAGUACCUUUUUGUUUUGUUGAUCACUCAGAGCUGAACUGUAUCAUGUGUUCCAAUUAAAUCAAUUUCUUUAUGAUAUCUGUGCUCAAUUCCUGGAAA